AACAUGACAGAGUUUGUUCAAAAGAAAAAAUACAUAAUGUUAAAAAAAACAUCGCCUUUACAAAUACGCAUCAAUGGAUGCAUGCAAAUUAAGAACCCAAUUAAAGUAAAUUGCGAUAACUGAAUAACUGUGUCGACCAACUAUUUUCACCAGUGAAAAUAACUACUUUAAGUAAUGGAGAAACAUAGGUAUGUUAAAGAUAAUUAUAUAGUAAAUAGGUGUAUUACUUGAAUAUGGCUAAAACAAUUAGCAUCGACCAUUAAGAACCCAUAAAUUAUAAUAAAUUGCGAAACUCGUAAAUGCAUGGCUGUCUCGACCAACUCUGAGACGAUGUAAUGAGUAAAUCGCACUUUCUAGACAUGAAAAGGACUUUCCUAAGUACAAUGUAGUGAUAAUCUGAUAACAAAAGGGAGCCAUGGUGCGUGCGCACGUGUCUUAUGAAGCUAGAGCGAGCAUCGUAUCCUGAAAAACAUUCUUAGCGGACACAGCAGGUUGAAAAGAGUUUUUUUCAAAUCUAGUAAUAAACAAAUAGUUAGCGCGCCAUUUUUUAUUGUGUUUCAAUACUUGUAUAUGAUAUAAACAGUAGCAACGUUUUCCUAUGACUUUAUUUAAUGUAAGAAUUCGAGACGUAAUACCAGAAACGCCAUAAUACUUGUGCUAUUGGCUUUUAAAACAAUCAUGGAUCAAAAUAAUUUUUUUUAAUGAUUUUCGCGUUUAAAAACCUAGAGAAACACUAGCAUUCGAAAGCUUUAGGAUCAUAAAAAACUACAAUAGGCAAAUAUACAUGCAUCGAAGGGCCACGUAUAUCCGAGAUCGCGAUUUUUCAGAUACAGAAAUUCGACAUCUUGGAUUUUAAAGAAAGCAACUUUCAACAACAGACCAUUUUGAAGACAAAACAAACGAUUGAAAAGGUUCCCGGAUGCUCGUGGGCCUUAGACAUACAGCAAUCGCCGAAAUGAAAGUUGAUCACAACGAUGUAACUCAGCUGACAGGCACGUGUAAACAAACGCGGGCUCUCUCUUCCCCAUGAGUCCCUGAGCGCCCGACAGGAAAUUACGACUCGACUAAAUACAGACGGUGGCGGUAGAUUCAAAGAACUGAACUAUAUUUACAUUGAUAACACUUAAAAAACAUGCUUUCAAAAGGCAGAGAACAUCGUUUAGGUCGGUUUACUUAAUUGAAAAGACAAUGUAGAAAGAUAAUGUUAAAAAUGCUGAAAAUAGUCUGUGAUACGGCGAAAAGGGCUUAGAAAUUAUAGGAAUGACACCGAAUGGAAUUAUAUAUAACAAUAUAUCGGAGCGAUUUGAAUGGCGGACCUAUUUGAAUAUAACAGCUGAUGAAGUGAAUGGCUACAGAUCCAUGGCGAAAGCUUGCAAGAACUUGGUCAGUAUAGGACAAAAUUUUAUAAUGCGAAUUGCUGACGGCCAUAUUUCGAUUCAGCUGAUAAGAAUACGAAAAGUUGAGAUUAAUUUCAAGUAAGAAUAGGAAAUAAAUAGUAAAGUCUUAUUUUUAAAUGCAAUUAAAUGGAAAGCAAAACAAAAUACAAAUGCACACAAAACAAAUAAACAAAAACAACAACAAAAAAAACAACAACAAAGUUUGACAGUUUUACAAGUGGACGACCGAUACCCAAGAAGCUUUUACAAUUUGCGCAGUGAUGUCCGUGCUCUUUGCUGAUUUUCCGUUCAAUUUACUCAAGUGAUUCRCCUCGUCCAAAGUAUUCCAUUUGAACUUCAUGCUAAGUAGUCUUUAUCUUAAGUUGCUAAAUGGGAAAUUGGAGAAAGACAUCUAAAGUACUAAGAUAACUGUAAUAAUCCUAAAAAUGUCUAAAAUCUGUAAAAUCCAAAAAUGCCAUAUUUGGGAAUACCCAUGAUUCAUUUCGGCCAUGCAAUUUCAAUUCCACUAUGUCUAUUCCACAUUUUCUAGUAAAAACGUUUUUAAAACAGCUGUAUGCAGUUAUGCGAUAGCAAUUUCAAACCACUAGUGUUAUUUCCGUUUAUUCUAAAAGCGUAAUUAUGAACGAGACAAGUGAAUGCAUUUAAUUACUUGAAUCAUGAUGGUAUCGCGCUUGCAUAUCUGAUAACAAUCAUUUUGUAGGAAACGUAUAAAGCCUUUAAAAGAUAAAAACGUAGAAGUGGUUUUCGCAUGAACACAAGAGAAAAGGUUGCAGGAGCGUGUAGGGCGUUUAAAUGAAUCUGCAGGAAGUGGAGUUAAUCAUCACGGAAAACAAAGCAUUUGGACUGAAAGCUAAAAUCCACUGCAUAUGAUAGCCAAUCAGAGGAGCCCUUAUAUUGCUAGAGGAAUUUUCAAUGGUUAUAAGGCCGGCCAUUAACAUAUGAAGCUUACAUGCUAUAAAUAUAGAGAAACAGGUUUACCAGAGGAGAACAAAAUCGAGUGUUCAAUGAUUUCCAAUGUUCCAAGCAAGUGUGGCUAGCGGUGGUCGCUCCAAUUCUGUCUUCAGUAAGGCUAGUAUUUACAGCAAUACUAUCAACUACACGACCUCAAGGUCACAGCUUUCGUACAAUAAAGUUAAACGAUCUGCUACUGAAGAAGCACUUUAUCGAGCCGGUUUGAGACCAUAUAAUGACGAUAAGAGGAUAGUAUUCAACGUCAGCGGCCGACGAUUUGAGACUUGGGAAAGCACAUUAAAGAAACAUCCAAAUACAGUGUUAGGAAGUACAAUGAUCCAUCGAUUUUACGACAAUGAAAGGAAGGAAUAUUUUAUCGACAGAGAUCCAUAUUUAUUUAAAUUCAUUCUUAAUUUCUACCGACGUGGGAAACUGCACUGCUCUCUGGAAGACUGCCCGGCUGCAUUUGAAGAAGAGUUAAAUUUCUACGGACUUUCUGUAUUUGAUGUCGACGACUGCUGCUGGGAGUUGGCGACUCCUAAGGAGAGGCAUGUGCUAGUGGAAGAUGAUGAUGAUAUGCCUGGUGAGGUCAUUAAAUGCGAAGGGAAUUCUAACGUUUAUUGUGAACCCAAGUUUUCACUGAAACAGAAAAUAUGGAAAACAAUAGGGCCUUCAAAAACAACGAGAUCCGGAGUCCUCUUCCACAUAAUCUAUGGAAUAUUUAUAUUUAUCAGCGUAUUGAUAGUUACUUUGGAAACCUUGCAUUGUGAUCGAAAAAGAUCUUGCGGUGAUGUCUACCAUAUUGAGUUCUUCAGUGUUGACACAGUUUGCGUGGCGAUCUUCACCACGGAGCUUAUGCUGCGGUUCUAUGUUUGCCCAAGAAAGCGCAAGUUCUUCAAAGAAUUUCUGAAUAUUAUUGAUUUAUUAUCCGUACUUCCUUACUAUAUAUCACUAGUUAUUGAAGCAUUUGGGGUCGACAGCAGUUUUCUACAGAUACUAAAAGUCCUACGAGUACUUAGAAUUCUAAAAUUGACAAGAAAUUCCCGUCGUUUGCGCUGUUUGCUGUUGACUCUACGUCGCUGCGCGGUGGACAUCAUCUUUCUAUACUGCAUUUGCCUUCUAGCUAUUAUAUUAUUCGGUACGGCGCUUUUCUACCUACAAGAUAACACCGAGCCCCGUCAGUUUGGGAGCAUCCCGGAAUCUUUCUGGUACAUUUGCAUUACUCUGAUGACUGUUGGGUACGGCGACGUGGUCCCAACAAACGUUGCAGGGAAGAUAGUUGGCAGCAUUUGUUGUGUAUCAGGAGUAGUGUUACUUGCUUUGCCAAUCCCAAUACUACAAGAAAAGCAAGUGCCUUGUACACUUGAGUCCGUCAAAUCUAGACAUCGUUUAAUUCAGGAACAGAAGGCCUGUGGGGCUGGAGGUUGCGAGGGGCAACCAUUAUUACCCAAUGAGGAUCCUCAAGAUAACUCGGUUUGCUGUUCUUCCUUGAGACAACACUGUAGCAAGGCAAGAAAGGUUUUAAAUAAGAGAGAAAACAACGGCUGAUGCUGGAUUUGAUGGCCGCAGAGUUUAAGCUUAGAUCAGAAAUAUGUAUCGGUACGUUAAAAGUACGCAUCAACAGACCUGAGAUUUCAUGGUCAGCGGAGAUGAAAGUCAUGAUGACAUAUAUGACUGGUCCCCAGUCUUCUCUCUCUGCAAGUCAAACUCCCACCCUUAAUGCCUUACAGUUGAGAGUAAGAGGGCAGCAGUAAAACGAGUAUGAUGAUAACAGGAAUCUUUCAAAAAGGUCACCGCAAAGGUUGGCGAAGACAAGACCGAAAGCCGUCACUAAAGGCAAUAAAUCUCAAUGACAUCCAUUCUUGUCAUAGCUAUAUACCGAACAGAAGACAGUUUUAAUCAACCCCUUUAAGCAGUCUAUUACGGUUUUUUAGCCUCGAAACUAUUUAUUCUUUUAUUCAGUAACAACCCCUGCGAUCAGUGUGUCUAGAAGACAAUGAAAAUCUACUUUUUAUCUACAUUUCUGUAUGUUUUACACACAAUUGAGGAUAACACAGUGUAAAAGACAUCGCGAAACUCGACUAUUGAUGACAAAAAACUUAUUACAACCUCAUAUUUUAGUUAUUUCAUAAAAACGUUGUCGAAAAAUGGAAGAUAGGAACUAUUGGUAUAGAAUAUCGACGAUCUCAAUGGUCGACUGAGUGACUCCUUUUUAAGGGGAUAGCCGCUGUCUUAUUUGACAACAGAUUCCCUUACGCAAAGACUAGAAAUAACGAAAAUUAUGAACAAAUAAAAGAUAAUGUCAUUACAAUAGCCAUAGCAAUUUGCUAAUUUUUUUUAUUUCGUUUAGAGAUUAAGCCUCUUUUUCUACAAUAUCUAAGGUUUAAGCGUUUUAGGAGUACAAGUUUGGCCUCAAUUCAGUUCAACGGAAAAUGUAAAUUGUAAGAGCUAAUUAACCUCCUCCGUAGGUAACUCUAUAUAAACUCCUUUUCUUUUUAUUUACGAGCUUGAGCUUCCUUUGGGCUUCCUUUAGUCUUUUGUAUAUUUGUUCCCAGAGAGACUUCCAGAGAGAGAAAGGGAGAUGAGUAUGACAGAGAUGCCUGCAUAGGAGGCUAAGAGCUAAUGAAAGGAAAACAUUUUUCCAUACUUCGAACGUUUUUGUUUGUUUGCUUAUUGUUGUUGUUUUUUCGAGUUCUUUGCUAGGGGGCAUCUAUUGUCAAGUAUAAUUAACAAUUACGAGCUAAUAGCCCAUGAGUCAGUAUAAACAUACUAAUCGGUCAAAUAAUGAAAACAAAUUGAA